AACGCCCGCGCCGUGUCUGCUUAUGAUGCUUCGUUCUCUCCGCGCUCCGUGUCCGACCUUCUUCAGACUUCACACCUCGCGCGCCGCCGCAGCUCCGAUCGGAAGAAGCUCGAUUCGUCUCCGACUCCGACGACCAGAAGCUACCGGCGACGCGAGCGGAGAAGCGCGGAGGGGAGGGGGCGCGCGCCGCCAUGGCGUUCGAGAAGAUCGUCGUGGCCAACCCCGUCGUCGAGAUGGACGGUGAUGAGAUGACUCGAGUUAUUUGGAAAUGGAUCAAAGAUAAGCUUAUAUUCCCUUUCUUGGACUUGGACAUAAAAUACUAUGACUUAGGUCUACCUAAUCGUGACGCUACUGGGGACAAAGUUACAAUAGAGAGUGCAGAAGCGACCCUAAAGUAUAAUGUAGCCAUCAAAUGUGCAACUAUAACUCCAGAUGAAGGACGCGUGAAAGAGUUUAAUUUAAGUGCAAUGUGGAAGAGUCCAAAUGGGACAAUAAGGAACAUUUUGAAUGGAACUGUUUUCCGAGAACCAAUCAUCUGCAAGAAUAUUCCUCGGCUUGUACCUGGGUGGAUAAAGCCCAUAUGCAUUGGACGACAUGCAUUUGGUGAUCAAUACCGAGCAACAGAUACAGUUAUUAAAGGUCCUGGGAAGUUGAAGUUAGUAUUUGAUGGCAGAGAGGAACAAAUAGAGUUGGAUGUGUUCAACUUUACUGGUGCUGGUGGAGUAGCCUUGUCUAUGUAUAAUACUGACGAGUCUAUUUGGGCAUUCGCUGAAGCUUCCAUGAACAUGGCUUACCAGAAAAGAUGGCCACUUUAUCUUAGCACCAAAAACACGAUCCUCAAAAAAUACGAUGGAAGGUUUAAAGAUAUAUUUCAGGAGAACUAUGAAACAAAAUGGAGAGCCAAGUUUGAUGAUGCAGGAAUAUGGUACGAACAUCGGCUGAUUGAUGAUAUGGUGGCCUAUGCCCUUAAGAGUGAAGGUGGCUAUGUUUGGGCUUGCAAGAACUAUGAUGGAGAUGUGCAGAGCGAUCUAAUUGCUCAAGGUUUUGGAUCGCUAGGUCUAAUGACAUCAGUUCUGGUGUGCCCUGAUGGUAGAACCAUUGAAGCUGAAGCUGCUCAUGGUACAGUCACACGCCAUUACAGAGUUCACCAAAAAGGAGGCGAAACUAGUACAAAUAGCAUUGCUUCAAUAUUUGCUUGGACAACCGGACUAGGACAUAGGGCAAAGCUCGAUGACAAUAAAAGACUGUUAGAUUUUGUACAAAAACUUGAAGCUGCUUGUGUGGGAACAGUGGAAUCUGGAAAGAUGACAAAGGAUCUAGCUCUUCUUGUACAUGGGCCAAAUGUUAGCCGAGAUAAGUAUCUUAACACUGUUGAGUUCAUCGAUGCUGUUGCUGAGGAUUUAAGAACAAGAUUGUCAGUAACAUCCAAGUUAUGAAGGAAUGAAUAGGGCAACGGCAGGGGACAUGUUAGGAUCCCAUGAUACAAAGUUUAUACAUUUUUACUUUGAAUAAGAGCGAUUGAAGCAUUGGUAUGCGCAGCUAUCAACCACGGUGCUCUGAUAAAAUCUGGUAAAGAUUGUAUGCAUACUCCAUACAACAAUGGAGGUGGAGGAGGAUAUUUUGCUCGAAAUAAGAAGUUUGAACUUUUAUUCGUCAGACUUCUACUUAUAACUACUUUGAUGAUUAAAUCAUGGCCGUGUAGCUUAGUUCUUCUAUGCCAAAAGAGCAAGUAGAACUAUCCUAAAGGUACCCACCACAAGUGGUGUUUGUGCUUUGUACCAUACAAACAAGACUGUUUAUUUACUACAGUAUAUAGCUUGGAAUAAAAAAGCAGGUGCAGAUCUGUUGGUAA